CUCCAUGCAGGAGGGGGAGUAUAUAGAGGAACACAGGGGUCUGUACAAGGACGUGAUGAUGGAGAAUCACCGGCCCCUCACAUCACUGGAUGGACCCAGUAACAGAGAUACCCCAGAGAGAUGUCCCCAUCCUCUGUAUUCCCAGGAUUGUACAGAGGAGAAUCACCGGAUCCCACAGGAGGAUCAGGUAGAACGUCUGUCUGAUAUUACAACAGAAGAUACAGAGGGAGAAGAAGAGACGUAUGUGACUGAUAUAAAGGCAGAAGAUACAGAGGGAGAAGAAGAGACGUAUGUGACUGAUAUAGAGGCAGAAGAUAUAGCGGGAGAAGAAGAGACGUAUGUGACUGAUAUAAAGGCAGAAGAUAUAGAGGGAGAAGAAGAGACGUAUGUGACUGAUAUGAAGGCAGAAGAUACAGAGGGAGAAGAGGAGACGUAUGUGACUGAUAUAAAUGCAGAAGAUAUAGAGGGAGAAGAAGAGACGUAUGUGACUGAUAUAAAGGCAGAAGAUAUAGAGGGAGAAGAAGAGACGUAUGUGAAGGAUGAUCAGCAGUGUAAGGAGGAUGAGAUCCCUACAGAUAUCAGCACAGCAGAUGGACACACAAGCAGGAAUAUCUCAGAAGGACAUCUAAUGUUAUCCCCGGAUUGUGACAUAAAAGAUAAUGACAGUAGACAGGAUUCUCCAGGAGCUAACCCCAUUACCCCAAUUAUACAUCCAGCUUUGUCAGCUGAUCCCUCUGAUCCUGGGAAAUGUUCUCCUGAUCACUCUGAUAUUGGUGCAUCUGUUACAGCUCUGAGAGUAGAUACAGUGUUUCCCUGUUCUAUAGAUGCCAAAUGUUUUACACAGAACACAGAGCUUAUUACCCAUCAGCCAGCUAAGGCAAGGGAGAGGCCAUUUCCAUGUUCUGAGUGUGGGAAAUAUUUUACAUACAAAUCAGCUCUUGUUACACAUCAGAGAAGUCACACAGGUGAGAAACAAUUUCCAUGUUCUGAGUGUGGGAAAUGUUUUGCACAGAAAUCAGAUCUUGUUAGUCAUAACAGAAGUCACACAGGUGAGAGGCCAUUUCCAUGUUCUGAGUGUGGAAUUUUUUUUGCACAAAAAUCACAUCUUGUUAAACAUCGGAGAAGUCACACAGGUGGAAAGCCAUUUUCUUCCUCUGAGUGUGGGAAAGGUUUUGCACAAAAAUCAGAUCUUAUUAAUCAUAACAGAAGUCACACAGGUGAGAAUCCAAUUACUUGCUCUGAGUGUGGGAAAUGUUUUACAUGGAAAUCACAACUUGUUAUACAUCAGAGAAGUCACACAGGUGAGAAGCCAUUUCCAUGUUCUGAGUGUGGGAAAUAUUUUGCACACAAAUCAAAUAUUGUUAAACAUCAGAGAAGUCACACAGGUGCAAAGCCAUUUUCUUGCUCUGAGUGUGGAAAAUGUUUUACACAGAAAUCACAUCUUGUUAGACAUCAGCAAAGUCACACAGGUGAGAAUCCAUUUCCAUGCUGUGAGUGUGGGAAAUGUUUUCAACACAAAUCAGCUCUUGUUAUACAUCACAGAAGUCACACAGGUGAGAAGCCAUUUCCAUGUUCUGAGUGUGGGAAAUGUUUUGCACACAAAUCAAAUCUUGUUAUACAUCAGAGAAGUCACACAGGUGCAAAGCCAUUUUCUUGCUCUGAGUGUGGAAAAUGUUUUACACAGAAAUCACAUCUUGUUACACAUCAGCAAAGUCACACAGGUGAGAGUCCAUUUCCAUGCUGUGAGUGUGGGAAAUGUUUUCAACACAAAUCAGCUCUUGUUAUACAUCACAGAAGUCACACAGGUGAGAAGCCAUUUCCAUGUUCUGAGUGUGGGAAAUGUUUUGUACGCAAAUCAAAUCUUGUUAAACAUCAGAGAAGUCACACAGGUGAGAAGCCAUUUCCAUGUUCUGAGUGUGGGAAAUGUUUUGCACAAAAAUCAGAUCUUGUUAAACAUCAGAGUAGUCACACAGGUGAGAAGCCUCUUUCUUGAUCUGAGUGUGGGAAAUGUUUUACACGGAAAUCACAACUUGUUAUACAUCAGAGAAGUCACACAGGUGAGAAUCCAUUUCCAUGCCCUGAAUGUGGGAAAUGUUUUGCACACAAAUCAGAUCUUAUUAGUCAUAACAGAAGUCACACAGGUGAUAAGCCAUUUCCAUGUUCUGUGUGUGGGAAAUGUUUUACAUGGAAAUCACAACUUGUUACACAUCAGAGAAGUCAGUCAGGUGAGAAGCCAUUUUAAUCCUCUGGAGUAUACUUAUUGCCAUGCGUUGUUCUUCAAGGUUCUUAUCCUAUCUCCUAUGCUUUUUGCAAUAAUACAUGCUACCGCAGGGUGAAAUAAUCAGAUGUCAUGCCCUCAUCUACCACUGCUAUGCAGAUCUGUCUUUUGCUCCGGGUACUGAGAACCCAGUACCAAUCCUAAAUGUCUAGCUGAGCUCCAGGUGUGGUGGGUGAUGCCAGUUGGCUGUGACUCAGUCCUGGUGAAACAGGUCCUUAUGACAGAAGCUCACCAACAAAGGGCAGGGCUACAGCUCAACUUUGUGAACCAACCAGGCUUGCGCUUGGGGGUUCAGAGUUACAAAAUGCUGAUAAUGGGAGUCAUUCCGAGUUCGUUCGU